CAAGUGGAGGGGAUCCCUGCCAAACCGAGACGAGCGUCUCCUGCAGCUACAACCUCCACGGAGUCCGACAACCGACUUGUAGUAGUUGACACCAUGCAGACCAGGCCUUACCCCCUCACCCAACCGUGCAAAUAAGCAAAGAUGUCUUCACCUCACUUGGACAAGCUAGAUGUCGAUCUUCCAACGAUGGUUGUUCAAUCAGAAACGCUAAAAACUACAGAGAGUAACCUCUGAUCACGAAUCGACGUGGUCACUUCGGUUACUACUAAGAAUUCCUUCGCCUCGUCAUGGCAGCGCCGCUCUCCAUCGAAGCUUACAAGCGCAAGCAAAAUGUGCUGGUAGCCAAGGCGCAAAAGCGCCGAGUUAACACCUCCUAUAACCACACCACCUCGACCUCGAAAGAAUCCUACACCCCGGAUCAACGGCGAUAUCUGGACGCCUGCGUUGAGAAGCUCGCGGAUCCAGACCCACGACUAUUGGCUGCAUUGCGGGAGGCACGCUUUGUGCUCAAACUUGAUCGCUUUGGGGAGGAAGAGCUCGCGUUCAACAUGGAGUUUCUUCAGAAAACGAAGACGUGCUCACAAAUCAGCCUCUCACUCGGAUCUGUGACGAUCAACCGAGACUUGCGAACUAAAUUUGAUCGUCUGAGUCUCAAAAGAGCGUUUGCAUAUGAAAAUGAAGGAGCAUCAAUCGUUGUGAGAUCGGCUAGUGCGUCGGCCUACAAAACACCAAAUUUGGUGCAUUUCCACCUUAUAGGGGUGAGGAUAUCUCUAGAGGAUACGCCACUUCUAUCCAAAGCACUUUUCCACUGCCACCAACUUGAAGAUGUCAGUCUUAGUGGCUCGAACUUGGGUGAUGAAGGGCUAGAGGCCAUAGCUAUAGCGCUCGGAAAGUGCCCCGCACUGCACAUGAUCUCCUUGGCGGGGUGCGGCCUAACUGACAAGGCGAAGGAUCAUAUCGCCAAAAUCAUCGCACUUCACGGGGUGAUUAAGGACGAAUCGAUAUGGAGCUCAAGUUUGCGUGGUGAGGCCCCAUUUGCCCCAGCAUCACCCGAUCUGCUGAUCAAUUUAUCGCGCAACACUCUCGGUGAUGAGACUACUGAAGCGAUCUGCGACGCACUUCACAACGACAAGUGGCUACUUGGCCUGAACCUUGGAGGCAAUCACCUCUCACGCCAAGGAACAGAGCUGUUUAUCGAUACGCUGAGCAAGAGUAACCAGACAUUAGCUGUGCUUGCUCUUGCCGACAUGAAAAAUCCUGUUGGAAAGAGUACACUCUCAACACUGGACUCGAUACUGUACGAUCGCAAUCGUUAUCUUCAGCAAGUGGCCACUGAAUCACGCGAAAAACGGAUGGCACUUGGUGGUUUGCUGCUUGAAUGGGGCGUUGGCAAGGACACAGUCGUCGAAGUGUGUUAUCUGGAGACACUUGGAAAAAAUACAGCAGUAAAAAAUGUCAACACGACUGGAAUGGCAUCCAAUAAAUUCACCUUGGUUUCUCCGAAAGCUCGAAAUGAUCGAGUUCACCACCGAUUGACUAUCAGCAGCAACGACGACUCCAGUGUAUCUCAUCACGAGGACAACAACAACUAUAAUAAUUCGGAAGAAGAGGAUAGAGCUGAUAACAACGAUGAAGUGGCUGCUUCGACAGCAACCAGUCAUGUGAAGACGAUCGAGUAUCUUAUUGAACGAUUAAGCUCUCUUGAGGCGGAGAAAAGAGAAAUGCAACAAUAUGUUAACAAGGUUGAGACUGAAAACCGGCAGCUUCGAGCGGAGUUGGAAGCCCGACCAAAAUCAAUGCCAGCAUCAGGCAUCUCGCCGAUCGAAGCACAGAUCAUUGCGCAACUAGAAACUUCGAUUAGUUCACUUGCCGAGCAAGUUGAAUUCAUGGAGCACGAGAAGCAGCACCAGCCGCCACCCGCUUAAAAUGCCAGCGAUUAUAUCACCACUCAAAGACA